AUGCCCAUAGAGGCACAAUUCGAGCCCCUUCAGAGCACAAAACCUGCGAGUCCGAGGACGACAGUUGGUGCGAAGACCGAUGAUGCAUCUACUACCUCGCCCACCGCUGCCGCUUCCUCCUCGCCACCAGCAGCUGCUAGUAGCAAGUCGGAUGGCGGACUGUCAAGGGGUGCGAAAGUUGCAAUCGGAGUCGUCAUUCCAGUCGUGGCACUGGUCGUGGCCAUCAUAGUAUGUGGCGUCAUGAGACGAAGAUCAGUCCGACGACGACAAGAACAAGCAACGCAAGCCCAGGCGGGAAGUGAGAAACGAUGGCGUUCGGACAACAAAGCGCAAUCGCAAGAUGUCAAAGGGCCCCCAGCAUAUGUCUCGGAGAUGCAAGGAAGCCAGUCAGCACUCUCAGAGCUGCCAUCUGGAAAAGGCGCUGCUGCCACAUAUCCGUUCGAAAUGCCAUCGACUGAGAGCGGACGGACAUGGAACGCAGUUGAGUUGCCGGUGGGGACAUGA